GUAUGCUGCUCCUGCCGCUUCUUACCCUAGAGCACCAGUAGGAUAUGCCGCUCCUCCUCCACCUCCUCCACCACCCCCACCACCUCCACCAUCAUAUGGUGGAUCUUACGGUGGUGGUGGUGGUGGUGGCUAUUCUGGCCCAAUUGGUGGAGGUUACGGUGGUGCAGCUCCUCAGAUCCCAACUGGACCUACACAAGGUGGUGGUCCUUACUCAGACAUUGGCGUUCAAGGUGGCUCUAACUAUGGCCAAGCUGGACCCGCCCCAAUUGCACCGGCGCCAGAAGGAGGGCAACAGGGCUUUGAGCAAGGACCAGCUCCAGGCGGAGGAACCUACAGACCCAAUUAUCAACAACCGGGACCUGGUCCUGCUCCCGUUGGGCCAACACUAGUCCAGCCAGCUCCACAAGAGCCUGCCCCACAAGAGCCAGCCCCACAAGAGCCUGCCCCACAACAGCCUGCUCCUGAAGAGCUAGCCCCAGAAGAACCUGCACCACAACAGCCUGCUCCACUUCCAGCCCCAGCUCCAGCUCCAGCUCCAGCUCCAGCUCCAGCUACUACCUAUAUUAACACCGGCAAUACAAAUGAGAUUCAACCCGUUCCCGCAGAGGGAGGUGAACAGAUUCCACAAGAAGGAAGCGAAUACGAGUAUGAGGAGGUGGAGGUCGAAGAGCCAGUGACGGAAACUGAGCAGCCAGUUGCACCACCAGUUGCACCACUUGCACCACUUCCACCACCACAACCUGCUCAGACUCCAGCACCAUACGUGCCACCUCAAACCCCAGCCCCCUAUGUUCCACCGGCAACCCCAGCUCCUUACGUUCCUCCGGUUCAAACUCCAGCUCCUUACGUUCCUCCGGUUCAAACUCCAGCUCCUUACGUACCUCCGGUUCAAACUCCAGCUCCCUACGUUCCUCCAGUCCAAACUCCAGCUCCAUACGUUCCUCCAGUUCAGCCUCCAGCCACUCAGCCAACACCUUAUGUGCCUCCAGUACGUACUCCUUC